GAAAAUAUGUCUAUUGUUGCCGCCCCUCGUUCACUGUAAAAAACAACAACACUAUACCUGCUAGCAUGCUUGAUAAAACGCAAAGCUGUAUUUUUCGUGCGCUUCCCAAUUUUGUCAAAUGUCUGCGUGGUAGGUACAGGUGCGCAGUUUCUUCACCAAAUCGAACGCAAAUGAGAUAUCGACGCGCCGAGGGCGGACAGGAUACCGAUCGUGGCCAGCGGCCAGGAGCCGGCCGACCGAGCACCGGCGGCGACGGCGUAAAAUCGUCCCUGUGAGCACACCCGUGCCUCCGUCCGCGGGUACGCACGCCCCGACCUUGGACGACCCAUGUGCGGGUCCAGCUAUAAAAGCGCACAGCACUGCGUCCAAAGCAAGCACUUCCCUUCAGUGGAACCGGACAAAACACGUCAACAUGCGCAUCCUGCUGCUGCUCGCCGCGGCCGUCGGCGCCGCCCUGGCCAUGCCGACCUCCCAUCCAGCCGGCGCUGGCGCCGCGGCGGAGCUGGCCGCGCCGGCCGACCACCCUCAGAAGGCCGCUGCUGCCCAGCCCGCCGACCCACAGACCCAGGCCGAGCACCUCGCCGAGACUGCGCCAGCCUCGGCGACUGCCGAGACGGCCGGACACGCCGCCGCCGAGACCCCUAAAGGCACGGAAGGCACUCCGGCCUCUGAGACUGCCGCACCCGAGUCUGUAGCCGAGCCGACAGCCGAGGCUGAUCAGACUGCUGAGGCCACCCAGACUGGUCAAACUACUAAGGCAGCUGAGGCUGCUGAGACUACUAGGGGAGCUGAGGCUGCUGAAGCUGCCAAAGGCGCUGAAGCUGCUGAGGGUGCCGAGGCUGCUGAGGGAGCCGAGGUUGCUGAGGGUGCCGAGGCUGCUGAGGGAGCCGAGGCUGCUGAGGGAGCUGAGACUGCUGAGGUUGCCGAAACUGCCGAGGCUGCUGAGGGAGCUGAGGCUGCCGAGGCUGUCGAGGCUGCUGAGGUCGCAGAGGUCACUGAAGCUGCUGAAGGAUCUGAAACUGCUGGAGCUGCUGAGGGAGCUGAGGCUGCUGAGGCUGCCCAAACUGCUGAGGUAGCUGAGGGAGCUGAAGCUGCCGAAGCUGCUGAGGGAGCUGAGGCUGUAGAGGCUGCCGAAACUGCUGAGGUAGCUGAGGGAGCUGAAGCUGCCGAAGGUGCUGAGGGAGCUGAGGCUGCUGAGGCUGCUGAAGCUGCCGAAACUGAGGUAGCUGAGGGAGCUGAAGCUGCCGAAGCUGCUGAGGGAGCUGAGGCUGCUGAGACUGCCGAAACUGCUGAGGUAGCUGAUGGAGCUGAAGCUGCCGAGGCUGCUGAGGGAGCUGAGGCUUCUGAGGGAGCUGAAGGAGCUGAGGCUGCUGAGGGUGCCGAAGGUGCAAGCGAGGCUGGGUCUGCUGAGGGGGCUGAGGGCGCCGAGGGUGCUUCCGAGACCGAGUCUGAGGCUGCUGAAGAGGGUGAGGCAUGAUGUGCUAGCUGGCACUACCUGACAUCAUCAGUAUCAAAGUCUGGGUCAGACAUCCUCAGGAUGCCGCCUGUCGGGAGCUCUGCCUCAGCGGCAGCUGUGAUUGUGUCGUACAAGUAGCUAGUUGUCAUGUGCGCUGUCUAUUCAGCCGAGUUCUGUGUGAAGUGGGAGUGCUUACCUAUAUGUAGUUGCCUGAUGGCUGUGAGGAGAAGAUCGCCACCACGGCGACAGUUCUCUGAAAGAGUGCAGGCAGCUCAGUUUAAUGGCUCUGUGUUUCUUUACUUUGAAAUAAAAGUUUAC